AUUUAAUGCUAUAAAAAAAAAAAUGUUUUAUUAGGGUGAACCACCGCUUUAAAGGAAGAUGACUCUGAUCUUAUUUGCACAAUGAAAUCAAAGAUCAUGGCGUAUCUGGAUGAAAAAUAUCAGGACCAAAAAACACAAGACCUUCUCGACAUAGCCACAACCCUCGAUCCCAGGUUUAAAAUGGCUUACGUUAAUGAAGAUAAGAAAGAUGCUGUCCAGAAAAGACUAAAAGAGGAGAUGUCAAAGCUAACAGUGAAGGAAAGCCCCACUUAUACUACUAGUACAGCUAGUGGCACUGGUCAUGCAAAGAAGGCUCGAAAGAGCUUGGGUAGCUUUUUCAAAUCUUCACAAAGUGAAGGGGCACCAGAUCCAGCCUCAGGCUCACAGCAACAAUCGGAAAGCUUGUUCUUGGAGCUACACUCUUAUCUGUUCUUGGGCAACACUGACAGUGAAGAUGAUCCGUUAGUUUGGUGGAAGGUUUACAAGGAGCAGUAUCAAAGAUUGUCUGCAGUGGCCAGAAAAUAUCUUUGCAUUCCUGCAACCAGUUCCCCUUCUGAAAGGGUUUUUAGCACAGGGGGAAACAUUGUCACUUGUCGCCGUUUCGCACUGAAGCCACAGAAUGUGGAUAGGCUUGUGUUUCUAGCUAAAAAUCUUUAAAUAUGUUUAUCUGAGACUGAUACCUGAAUGUUUUUUGAAUGUAAUUGUAAUUUCUUUAUUUCACAACAUUGUUUUUCAUUACAUUCAACAUUCAUUCAUUUUGUUGAAAUUUGUUUGCUUGAAGCCAGAGUUCAGUAUUAUGGCUUAUUUUAGAACAAACUGCACUGUUCCCCAAUCCCUGAUUCUCCCCCCCCCCCCCCCCUUGCUUGGAUGGGACUUUUAAGGCCAAAACACUGAAGUGCGACUGCAUUAGAAAAUUGAUUUAUUUAUUUCUACAUAAAAGAUAGAUCACACAACAAUAAUCAAUGGUUAAGGCAAUAACCACUAUGGUAUAAAAAUACAUGGGACAAAAAAGGCAAAACAAAUUAUGCUUAACCAUUGAUCAUUGUAUGAUCUAUCUUUAUGUAAAAAUAAAUCAAUUUUCUCUGUUUGUGGCCUUAAAAGUCCCACCCAAGGGGGAAGGAACAGUCCAAGUUUGUUCUAUACAAUAAUACAGGGAUGUGGCCAAUAGUACAGCUGCCAGAGUUCAGUGAGUUUAUGGCUUAUUAUUUUAGAACAAACUGCGUCCCCCAAUCCCUGACCCCC